GCGCUGCAGAAGAGGUGACGUCAUUAGGCGGAGAAGUUCAGUGUCUGGGAAAGCAGGAAGGAGCGGACCGGGGACCGGCGGCGCUGAGCUGUAAACAAACGUCUUGCGGUCGCCGGAGGAGCUGCCUGUGCCAUGGGGGGCGUCCUGGGGAUCUGUUCUGUCGCCAGUUGGAUACCGUGCCUGUGUAGCAGUGCCACGUGUAUACUAUGCCGCUGCUGUCCCAACACCAGCAACUCCACCGUCACCCGUCUCAUCUAUGCCUUCAUCAUGUUCCUGGGGACGCUGCUCUCCAUCGUAAUGCUGUCUCCAGGAAUAUCCGACCAGUUAAAGAAGGUUCCAGGGUUUUGUGAAGGAGGGUUUGGCACACAGCUUCCCCAUGUGAACGGAUACGUGAACUGUAAUGUGCUGGUUGGGUACAAGGCCGUCUAUCGGGUCAGCUUUGCCAUGUCCAUAUUCUUCCUGGUCUUUUCCUUGCUGAUGAUCGCCGUCAAGACGAGCAAAGACCCCCGGGCUGCUGUACAUAAUGGGUUUUGGUUCUUUAAGAUAUUGGCACUUGUCGGUAUUAUGGUGGGAGCUUUCUACAUUCCAGAAGGACCUUUCACAAGAACAUGGUGGUGGAUUGGACUUUUGGGGGCUGGCUGCUUCAUCAUCAUCCAGCUGGUUCUGCUCAUUGACUUUGCUCAUUCAGUGAACGAGUUGUGGGUGGAGCGCAUGGAGGAAGGGAAUUCAAAAUGCUGGUAUGCAGUUCUGCUGAUUGUGACCAGCCUUCUGUACAUCUUGUCGCUCGUCAGCGUCGUCCUCUUCUAUGUGUUCUACACCAUACCCGGCGGAUGCAAUGAGAACAAGUUCUUCAUCAGUUUCAACAUGAUUCUGUGUGUGAUAAUAUCCGUCAUCUCCAUUCUGCCCAGAGUACAGGAAUAUCAGCCACGAUCUGGCCUCCUUCAGUCCUCCAUGAUUACAUUGUAUACCUUGUACUUGACCUGGUCUGCUAUGUCAAAUGAGCCAGAUCGUACUUGUAACCCAAGCUUGAUAAGCAUCCUGAACCACUUCACUUCUCCAACAAUUAGUCCUGCCAAUGUGUCCGCAUUGCCGCAUAUUCCCACACCUGAGCCGCCCAAGUCUCUGCAGUGGUGGGACACGCAGAGCGUCAUCGGUCUUGUCAUGUUUGUGCUGUGUCUCCUGUAUUCCAGUAUUCGCAACUCCAGCAGCAGCCAAGUGAGGAAACUGACCCUUUCUGGCCAUGACACCGCAAUGCUGGAUGACACAGCUGGCGGAGAUGCUGAGGAAGGCGAGGUUCGGCGUGUUGUGGAUAAUGAGCAGGACGCAGUCCAGUACAGUUAUUCCUUCUUCCAUUUCAUGCUGUGCCUUGCUUCCUUGUAUGUUAUGAUGACCCUAACCAACUGGUACAGCCCGGAUGCUGACUUGAACACCAUAACGAGCAAGUGGCCCGCUGUCUGGGUGAAGAUGGCAUCCAGCUGGUUUUGUCUGCUCCUCUAUACCUGGACGCUCAUAGCUCCCUGUGUCCUUCCCAACAGGGACUUCAAUUAGAUGCUUCUGAUCCCCCGUCUUUUUGGUAAUAUCUCCAGUUCCAAAAUUCUGCUUAGACAAUUCCAUGAGCCUUUUACUGCUUUUCCUGACAAAUCCUUUUAAUUUGAAGCUUUAUAAUGUGUAUGCUGCUGCUUUUUAAUCUGCUUCAGUUGAGUUGAUGCUUUGUAUCAAGGAGCAGUUGAAUGUACCUUCAUGUCAGUAAUAUAUUUGGCUAAAUUUCCUAUAUAAAGAAAUAUGUAUUCUUUA